UCGUGAAACGUACUCGUGGAGAAAUUUCCAUUUUCCGUUGUUAUGGACUAAUCGACGAUUCUAUUUAUACCGUCAUCACUGUGGGUUUUUACACCAAUAAACGAACGGAAUGUCGCUUGGGUUUGGUAAUAUAUACCCAGUGAUGUAAUGUCAAAUUAUCACUCAGUACACAACGUUUCAGUCGUCAACAAGUCUAUUUACAAUUAUUCGAAAUGGCUCCAGGAGGAAAAUCGGCGGGCAAAGCAAUGAAGAAGUCGUCCGGCAAGGCACAAAAGAACAUCGCCAAGUCCGACAAGAAGCGCAAGCCCAAGAGGAAAGAAUCGUACGCAAUCUACAUCUACAAAGUGUUGAAACAAGUACAUCCCGACACCGGAGUCUCGUCCAAAGCCAUGAGCAUCAUGAACAGCUUCGUCAACGACCUGUUCGAGCGCAUCGCCGCCGAAUCCAGUCGUCUGGCCCACUACAACAAACGUUCGACCAUUACCAGCCGGGAAAUCCAAACUGCCGUCCGACUCUUGUUGCCCGGUGAAUUGGCCAAGCACGCCGUCAGUGAAGGAACCAAGGCUGUGACCAAGUACACCAGCUCCAAAUAAGUCUCCCGUUUUGUGAAAUAUCAUUACUCAACUAAAACGGCCCUUUUCAGGGCCACCAAUCGCUAUAAAAUUUCUGUUCUCUAACAACCAUUAUUUUUGAACUAAAACUAUCGCAUGUAGAAUAUUUUGAACAUUUGCAGUGUGUACAGAGCGGGGAGCACUGCGUGAUUAUCGGGAUAGUUAACGAAAAAAAAUGCUGUCCGGUUACGUAAGAAAUUUACUAAAACAUCGAGUUCUUCUUUGAUAGAAUGAUAUAAUAUCGUGUGUAUUAUUAUAAAUGCGAUGGAUAUUAAUAGACGUUGUGCGGGUUUUACCGUCGAAAACACGAGAUUUGGCAAAAACAUGCUAAAAAUAACCAAUCGUAUGGGCACGGCAAAUUUCAUUAUUAUGUGUUAACUGUCGGUCGAUAAGUGGUAAUGAAAAAAUUAACGUUAAUAUAUAUUUGAGCGACUGUGAGUAAUAGCUAUA